CGCCGCCUCCGGGGCGGAGCCGCCGCCGCCGCCGCGCCCCGUGGCAGAGCGCCGCCCGCGCCGGUCCUGCGAGGCGCUGAAUUGAGAGAUUCCUGAAUUAAGUAGAAGAUUGCCUGAGCUGCAAAGAUGUUGGAAGAAGAUAUGGAGGUGGCCAUCAAAGUGGUGGUUGUAGGAAAUGGAGCUGUUGGAAAAUCCAGUAUGAUUCAGAGAUACUGCAAAGGGAUUUUUACAAAAGACUACAAGAAAACUAUCGGGGUAGAUUUCUUGGAGAGACAAAUUCAAGUUAAUGAUGAAGACGUCAGGCUAAUGUUAUGGGACACUGCUGGUCAAGAAGAAUUUGAUGCAAUAACUAAGGCUUACUACCGAGGCGCCCAGGCUUGUGUUCUUGUGUUUUCCACAACUGACAGAGAGUCCUUCAAAGCAAUCCCUACCUGGAAAGAAAAAGUGGUGACUGAAGUUGGAGACAUUCCCACAGUUCUUGUGCAGAAUAAGAUUGAUCUCCUUGAUGACUCUUGUAUAAAGAAUGAAGAGGCAGAAGCACUGGCGAAAAAGCUAAAAUUAAGAUUCUAUCGAGCAUCUGUGAAAGAAGACCUAAAUGUAACUGAAGUUUUUAAAUAUUUGGCUGAUAAAUAUCUUCAAAGGCUCAAGCAACAAACAGCAGAAGAUCCGGAACUAGUACAUACAAGCAGUAACAAGAUUGGUGUUUUCAAUACCGCUGGUGGAAGUCACUCCAACCAGAAUACUAGCAGUCUUAAUGGCGGAGAUGUCAUCAACCUUAGACCAAACAAACAGAGAACCAAGAAAAACAGAGGUCCUUUUAGCAACUGCAGCAUACUUUAGACCACUUUUGCAGGAAAAGAAAUGGCAGUGAAUUGGAUGAAGUUGUGCAGUUCAGUACGGAAGGAAGCCAGCUAUAGAGGUAUUUUACUAGUGCUUUAGCAAGUCUCCUGUGCGUAUGGGAUCUUUGAUAGAUGGUGGAUUUAAAUAUAAUUGCUGAUGCAAUUUUUUUUGGUGAGUAGAGUGAGACACCUGGUGGCAAAACAUAGAACCAUGGUUGCCCCAUGCACUUUCUAAAAAUUAAGCAAGCUUCUUCUGUUUGAAGGAAUUAUUUACAGAGCUAUGAAUUAGGUUUUGCUGUGUUGUGAAGCACAUUUAACAUAAGGAUAAUGCUUACAAGUAUAGGUACAGACCAUAAUAUUAUGGCCCAAGGUGAAGUAGCCACUUACAAUUAAAUUUAAAAGAAAACAUGUUAGAAUUGCUUAGCCAGAUCAUUAAAAAGUUAAAGGAAGAGCAUGAUGAAGGCAUCGCAUUUUAUGCCAGAUUAUGUUCAUAUGGAUUCUGGCAAUUCUGUUAGUGCAAUAUACUUGUAUUAUGUGAGUGUUAAGGUGUAAAUGUAAACAUUUGGUAUGAAUAUUUAGGCUAAAUUCAAGUGUAUAUGUUAUUUGACUUAUUGUGCAGACUUGCUAAUGAUUUUUUAGAAUAUUUUUUUUCUUAAAGUUUUGUGUUUCAGAUGAGACUUUCCCAGUUGGUACUGUGUAUCUUUACCUUGCUACACCUUGGGCCUAAGAGCUUAGAUUUAAAAAUGUAUGGUGCCAAAAAUGUUACUACUUUUUACCUAAUGCUGUGCUACAGAUGUUCUUGUAAGUUUGUUUUUCUCAGUCUUAACAGGUUGAACAAAUAACAUGGUCUCUGACACUAACAAUUAUCCAGAUGGACACUAUAAAAAUAAUCAUAUUCUUGUCAAAAACCUGAUUGUUCUAUGCUGUAUUAUCUGUGCAAAAAGAACUUGCAAAGUAGUGUCACAAAAUGUUUAAGUUCUUUGGAUAAAUUCCUCUUGGAUAUCAUAAACUAGACUGUGGAAAAUCCAAGAAAUUGCAGCUGAUGACUGGAUUACAUUGUUUUCAUAGAUUAAGAGAUAGCUGCUGUUUAAAGAAAAUCUAAUCAGCAGGAUCAGAGACAUGGCAAAAAUUUUUUAAAGUGCUUAAUAAUUUACAGAAGUGAUUUAGACAUUUAGGAGCCCAAAUCUAAAUUAAAUUCAUUUGGGCUUAGGCUUCUAAAUCACUAAGGUGCUUUAAAAAUGUUGAUCAAGAUAUGUUUUACUUACCAAAAAUAAACACUUUUUAAUCUUCUUCAAAAACAUGCAUUUGUUUUUAAAUAUCCAUUCUGUUUACAUGUUUUUUGUGGUAUGAUGUAAUUUUAACUUUCUAGGAUUUCUAUAACUAACCUGCCAGUGACAAAUGCAAUGAUACUCUGCUUGAAAAAAAAAUAAGAGUUUUAAUAUUUUUUUAAAUAGUGUAUGAGAUUGAAAAUGAUUUGACUGAUCCUGUAUAUUUUAAGAGGAAAGACUUUUCACUGUGUGAAUUCAUAUAGGAAGCUUGACUUAUUUUAUCUCUAAGUCAAUGAGUAUGAAAACUGAAAUGUACUCUUGUCCCACUGUCUGCAGGGAGAGAAGUGGGUGGCAACAGUUACGCACGAACACUAAAGAUCUCUGAACUUUGUAUUUUGUUUACUAUAUUAGACUUUCUGCUGAGUACCUUUUGUUUCUUUGACAAGCUGUUGCAGCAUCUCCUAUUGCUGGCAGGAAGGUGGCCUUCAAGGCAUUCGAUCCCCUUUGUUACUGCAGCAAAACUGUGUGUUCUUCACCAUGUGUUUCUUGUAUUCUCUCUCGGAUAAGGGCCUCUUUUUCUUUUUUUUUCUCUCCCCCCCCCCCCCAAGUGCAUUUAAUCAUUGUUUGUAUGUGUAGAUGGAGCCGAGUCCCAGCUGUUGUAGCAAUUUAAGAAGUAAGGUAUUUAGGAUUUGGUAACAAAGAAUUAUAACUGUACCUAAUGGGGCCAUCUCACUAAUUAGGUUAGAAUGUGUGCAUGAAGAAUUUUUACAAAUGUUUAACAUGGAAACUUUUUACAUUUCACUGUCUGUCUGCCAGUUUCUUUUUGUAAGCAAACGGUACCACAAAGUGUCUGAAGCAUCUUUGUUUUGUCUUAUUUAACUUUGUACAGAGUACUGAAAAUAAGUAAUUGUUUUAUAUAAUGAACAUCUGUACUAUUACAUAUAGUAGCCAUUUGUAUUUAAGGUUUGUCAUUAUAAACCACUAUUUUAAGAACUGAAAACUCAGUAUCAUAGGUGGAGACUUCGACAGACUUGCUAAAUUUAGGAGAUGUUGAAAUUUAGUACUUACUGGCUUUAAGCUAAGAAUAUAUUUGCAGCAUUGGGUAACAGUAAGUUUUAAUUCUAAUCCCAUCUUAAUUCUAAAGUGGUUUUUUUCUUUGUACUUUGCAGUGUUUAUUCUCCACUAUAACAGAGAUGGAAACUGUCCAAAUUAGCAUUUGACAGGAGAGUACUCUGCAUGUACAUUACUUUAAAAUUUACAUUUUUUUCUCCUGUUUUUUAGUAUUCAGAUGUGAACUAGAUGACUUGCGUAUUGCAGAAUUCCUUAGGUAUUCGCAUCACUAUUCAGUGGGAGUAGUUUUUGAUUUUUGGAUGAGAAGACAGGCCUAAACUUUUAGCACUCAGGUAGUCCCUUGUGAAUAACUUUUAUUAUAAACAUUGCCUCAUUCCCCACUCAAAGUGUUCUCAUUAAAAUAUCCUAAUACUGUGUAUUUACCAAAACCUAUGCAUGCAGAGCUGAUGAAACAAAAAUGCCCUUUUCUGUGCAUCUUGUGUGCCUCCUCGGUGGAAGAGGAUGUAGCUACCUGUUAGAUCUGUGGCAGAGCAACAUACUGUAUUGCCAGCAACAGACGUUCCUAUCACAAGACACGAAGUUUUGUUCUGUGAGACUAAACCUGUUAUAUCUGUUAAUAUCUCUUUAAUAGCUGCAUUGGAUAUAUUAUUUGAACCUUGACAAUACUCUUUGCUUUCAACUGAUAAUGCUACCACUGAUGGAAAACUUCAGUACGUGUUAAUGCCUUAGUGAAAUAAGCAUUCACUGAAGACUGUGCACUAAAGCAUCUGUCUCUCCUGUGUUGUGUCCAUUCAGUGAAUGGGUGUUCUUCCAUAAGUGGGGCAUCAUUUGAUGCAAAGUUGUAGUUCAAUGAUGCGUUUCCAACUGGAAAUAACAAAUCUCAACGUUUUAAGAUUGGUCACACUAAGAUUUAUGUGUGUGUGUGUGUGUGUUGUUAACUUAAAAAUUACAAAUAUUCCAUUUAAAACAAUUUUGGAGCUUUCUUAUUUUCAGUGUUUCUUAACGCAAAGCUCUUCUUUUUUGUCACCAUUCCCAAAUUACCAUACUGUCAGUCUGAUUUUCUGUUUAAUUUUUUUUGUUUAUACUUAAGUAAAACUGUCUUAUAUUUUGCUAUUGAGCUACAGCGUAUCUGACAUGUAGUUUUCUUUUACAUCACUUCUGUAGAUGUAUGUUAUUACUAAAGGGAAUUGAGCAGCUGAACACAUUGUAGUACUGAGUGUUUUUUGCCUGAGUACAUGCAGAGUACUCAGUUGAACAAGCAUAGUGAAUCUGUUAAUUCAUCUAGUCAAGCUGAUAGCUAGCUACUGGUUAAUCAGUAAUAAAAUUCAUUAUUUGCACUGGUGAACUCACUUGUAGAAAUUCAAUCAAACAGCAAACUAACAAACAUGUUUCUUGCGUUCCAGUGACAGUACCUAAAUCCCUGCUGCUUUUCUGAAUGGGAUCAUAAAUUUUUGGCUAAAAUUGUAGCUCCUGAACUUGCGUAGUCCAAUAAGCUUGAUUUCAUCAAAACUACCUUACCAUAUUUCCAUAGGAAUUAUCAGUUGUGUGUAUCUUUGUGUUCAAGUAGUAUCCGAGGCUUACAAAUGAAAAUAUUUUUCUUGAAUAUGGCACCUAAUAGAUAAUCAAAACCAUAAAAAAAGAUGGGACCAAUGGUGCUAAGAGUGGAGUAAGAGAAAUUUCACACAGUUCUAUUUUAAAUAAUAAAUUGUGUUCUAUAUGAGAGCUGACAGUCAUCUCAACACCAUGAGAAUGCCAUCUCAACGCUGAGUCCUACAUUUGCAGUACUAAAUUAGCCUCAUUCUCAGGGUACUAGUAGAAUUAAGGUAACAGUGAAACGUAGUGGAGUAUUCCUGUUGUCUCUAACUGAGAUAAAUGUUCAGCAGAACCAACUCAAGUUGGUCAAAAGAUUUAAAAAAUAAUAAUAAUCUGGACCAGGAGAAAUACUGCUCUCAUUGCUAAGAUACGUUGUUACUUAUAAAUUGCUUGGUCUAUUUGCAAGUUCAUGUGAAUCUGAGUGGUUAAAACAGAUAAUGUGUGUAAGUGUUUCUAUCACUUUCCUGCACUCAAGUUAAUGUAAUAUAUAUUUUUAGAAAAACAUGUCAAUAUAACUUACAGUUAAUUCUCAAGUGGAAAAAUAAAUGUUUAAAAUUAAA